AUGAAUAUCUCUCCGAAUAAAUCUCUGAAUCACAUCAGAUCAAUCACUCCUACUCAUAAGUCUCUUCUGAAAGACGACGAUAGGAUUUUUAAAUACACAGUGAGAAACAGAAUUUCCAAAGAAGAAAGCUACGAUCUAGCAAAUAAAACCGAACAAAACAUUGAGCUAAAGUCUGAUCAAAUGAUCUCGCCACGAAUCAAAAGAAGCAAAUCAACAGGAGUUCCUAAACCAGUGGACAAAGAAAACAAAUUAAACCAAACAGGAAGGUUGUCAAGGGAAAGAAGACAGUGAAAUAAAGAAGCCUAUGUAGAAUGGAAAAUUACUUCCUUUUCAAAGUCCAGUGAUACUGAAGAAGAGACCUUAGCCAACCGAAGAAUUAUUGCUCAACUUACUGCAGAGAAACUGAAAUUGCAAGCAGAGCAGACUUCUUUCCAAAGCACAAUAAAUAGCCUAAAUAAUUUAUUAGAAGCUCAACAGCUGAAACUGGAAGAGCAGAAUUUCAAGAUGAAAAAAAUCUAUGAAGCUCUCAAAUUCUGUGAAAAGAAAAUUGAUGAGCAAAAAAUUGAAAUCGGCAACUACAAGAGCGGGAUUGAAGAGCUGGAAAAAGAACUCCAAUCUGCUAACUUCUCCAUCAGUAAGAAAGCAAAUAUUUUAUAUAUUCGAAAAGAAAAUUUAUUAAUUUAAUAAUUUAUGUUUUGGAAUGCAGUAUUUAAAAUUAGUGAAAAUAGCUUUAUAAUAAUUAUCACUAAUAUGUUAAAAAUUAUUUUAAUUGCUGAUUUUUAUGGGUUAAAAAUAUAGGGAUUUUCCAAUAUUUUUGCUCACUAUGGAGGGGGGGAAGUAAGCUAAAGAUGAACGAUUUAGCAAAGGUGAAUAGCUAUAAAAGCGCACAAGAGCGAAAUGACUAUCAAACACUAGUCACAAAAUUCGAUCGAUUAAUUAAAGUGUUUAAGGUGUCUAACGCCAAGCCAAAAUAGUGAAACACGAGCAUUUCUGAUUCAAAAGGUCAGAUCAUUCCAAAUUAACACUCUACCUUGGCUAGCAUAUCUCCGCGCAACGGCAUCGCCCUCCCUCUCCUGAGAGUGUUCCGCCUAAAAGUCACCUUUCUCGGGUGCUCUGAGUGAGCCUCUUGAAUGUAUUUGGAUAAUGCCUUAGUCCUAUGUGCUCGAAGCUCAACCGCUGUUGCUGUAGAACCGAACCCCACAAAGAAACUGUAUGAGGGAGACAAAAUUAGCGAGCUAAUUUCUCUCGAAUCGAGUACCAUUUUAUUCAUGCUAGCCAUAAAAUACACAUCUAUUGUAGAGGAAUUGCGAAAUACUGAUGUCUGGAUAUUGCAGCUGCUAGGAUUGAUUGGAAGUAGAGAUCUCGCGAGUGCUUAUGAUUUAGGAUUGGGAAAAAGAAGUCUUAUAGAAGAGAGAAUCAAGCUGAGUGACCUUGAGCUGAGGCAGUUGAGGGCAGAGCUAUUUUUUGAGCAAUUCAAAAGUGCUGCUUUACCAUCUAACACUCCUUAUUUAAUCCCAAAAAGUGAUAAUAGAAAGAAUGAAUAUUACUCAAUUAAAAAAUCAGGAAAAGGGUUAGUAAAAAGACAGAAAACAAAAGAAGUGCCAAAAGACACAGCGAACAGUAAUGUAUUUUAA